CAACGCGUGACUUGCGGAAGGGGUUUAUUGAGUGACACGUUCCCGCUCGCUUCGUUCCCCAUCUUAACCACGCAGAUGCAGCACCCCGACGCAGUUCGUUCCGGCUCGUCGUCGUCGUCGUCGUCGUCCGGCUGGGCCAGCGCCCGUCACAAGGCCUACACCCUGCUUGGUGCCUCCGUCUCGGUCAGCCUAGCCGUGCUGGGCACGUACCUGACCGCCGCCGUGCAUCCGGGCUUUCUGCCCGUUCCCUUCUUCGCGCUCUUCGUGCUGUGCCACGUGCUCGUGCACCCGUCGACCGCCAAGAGCUGCUACUUCGGCCCCCCGGUCAUCCGCUACGCCAUGCCCAGAGAGUUCUCCUACGAGAUCAUGGUCCUCAAGGCUCAGCCAGACUACAUGACCGUCCCCGUCAGGAAGGAAGCUCCGCCGCGGCCUCGACCACCUGUCCGAGUGACUACGAACCGCGGAGCGUACUGCGCCCCGAUCGUGCCCAGUUUCCAGGUGCCGCCCGUGGCCAUUGUUGUGAUGUAAGCCUGGAACUCUGGUUCCUGAAGCGCGUCUACGUCUUCUGCAUGUUUACCGUGUCCUAAACAGUCUAUCGCUCUGCAGAAGAAUCUGGAAACAGAUUGCGUCUGAUGAAAUCGUAGAAGCGUCGCGCUGUCGCCGGCCGCUCUCGUGGUGGCCUUACAGCAGUGGUGCACGGUGGACGAGGCAGACGCCUUUUCUGCAGCAGGUCACUCUUCAGCCCGAGUGUCCACGGAGGCUUCAGCAGGCGGGAGGAGUUGGGAUGUUCACUCCGGGGCUUCUAACGCCAACCACCAGUAUCGCGACGUCCGAGAACAUGACGUGGCGGCUUUUAUGAGGUCAUUUGAUGCCACUUCGGGACCAUUUUCGAUGUACAGGCUGGGCACGACACGAAACAAACACACCAGUCGGAGACGCUCUUCAGGUUCCAUACUGAAACGUGAAGAACUGGCUUUCUCAGUUUCCACGGGUAAACUAUUCGGGGGAGUUUGUUAGGCGAUGCUGAAUGGUGCUAUCUGACGUGACUGACCUCUCCGGGCAGUCUCUUUUUCUACCUAUCGUGGUCGUGCGGCCUUCAUCGUGAUCCAACUUCAUAAUAUUUCACUGCCAAUGUAAAUACGUAUUUAUGGUGUACAUAACGAGGAGGUGUUCCUGCAUCAAAAGCAAUAAAUGUUUUGUUUUCCUGGUA